AUGCCAGCACCUUUAAAGAUUACCCUUCCGAAGUUAGCAGCCAACACAAAGCCAUAUGCUAAUGCUCUAAAGUUGUCAAUUGCCGCCAAACUUACUGGAGCCAAAUUAGUUGAAGUUCCUGGCGAAACUGUCAGUUUCUCCCUCAACAAUGACAUUAGCUUGGUCGACGCUAAUGCUGCUUUGAACCCUCUCAUUAUAAAAAGAAGAAUUGAUCAAGCUUUCCAAAAUGUCGAUGAUAUUAUGACCAAAUUUGGCGAUGCUUUUGCAAAGGCAAGUGGCAUUUCUUUUCAGUCUGCUUUUGUUACGAUUGUAGAUGCCAUUUAUUACGGUACACUUGUAGAAACCUUAACAUCUGCAAAGGACCUUAGUAAAUAUUCUACUCUUGCCAAGUGGUUCUCCAUUGUCUCAAAAAACGAUAAAAUGGUUGCUGGUGUUGAAUACGUCAAGGAACAGACAAACAAAGGUUCUAAGCCCAAGAAUAAGGUAGCUCACGGCGAGAAAAAAGUUACCAAAGAAAUUCCUAAACCCGUGUUCAAUUCUGCAACGCAAAAAGUCAAUGAUGUCGCUGCUAAAACUGUUGAUCCCACUAUUAAAGUUCUUCCUAAAGACGGCGAACGCAAUAUCUUGAUUACUUCCGCCCUACCUUAUGUCAAUAAUGUUCCUCAUUUAGGUAACAUUGUUGGUUCAACUCUAAGUGCUGAUGUCUACGCUAGAUACUGUCGUGCUCGAGGCUACAAUACUAUCUAUAUCUGUGGUACUGAUGAAUAUGGUACUGCCACGGAAACUAAAGCAUUAGAAGAAGGUGUUUCAUGUAAAGAACUCUGUGACAAGUAUAAUGCUAUUCACAAUGCUGUCUAUGAGUGGUUUGAUUUAUCUUUUGAUCAUUUUGGCCGUACUACCACCGAUAAGCAAACUGAGAUUGCUCAACAAAUCUUUUUGAAGAAUUACGAAAAUGGCUAUAUUGUAAAGGAAUCAAUGACCCAACUCUUCUGUGAAAAGUGUAGCAGAUUUUUGGCCGAUCGUUAUGUGGAAGGUGUUUGUCCUAACUGCCAAUAUGAAGAUGCGCGUGGCGAUCAAUGUGAUGCUUGUGGUAAACUUUUAAAUGCUACCGAGCUCAUCAAACCUAGAUGUAAGCUUGAUGGUAACUCACCUAUUACCAAGGAAUCUAACCACUUGUUCCUUGACUUGGGCAAACUUCAACCUGAAAUUGAAAAGGCUUUUGAGAAGUCCGCUAAUGAAGGUAAAUGGUCAGCUAACGGUGUUAACAUAACACAAUCUUGGUUGAAGGAAGGCUUGAAGCCUCGUUGUAUUACUCGUGAUUUGAAGUGGGGUACACCGGUACCUCUUGAUGGCUAUGAGGAUAAGGUAUUCUACGUUUGGUUUGAUGCACCCAUUGGUUAUCCCAGUAUUACCGCUAAUUAUACCGAUGAAUGGGAGAAGUGGUGGAAGAACCCCGAAAAUGUUAAAUUAUAUCAGUUUAUGGGUAAAGACAAUGUGCCUUUCCAUUCUGUUAUUUUCCCUGGUUCUGAACUGGGUACCCAAGAAAACUGGACUCUUGUCAACCAUAUCAAUACUUGCGAAUAUCUUAAUUACGAAGGUGGUAAAUUUUCUAAGUCUCGUAACGUUGGCGUGUUUGGUAACAAUGCUAAAGAAACAGGCAUUUCUCCUUCUGUUUGGCGUUACUAUCUCAUGUCUGUUCGUCCUGAAACCAGCGAUUCUAUGUUUACUUGGAAUGAAUUUAUUACAAAGAACAACAGUGAGCUCUUGAAUAAUCUUGGCAACUUCGUCAAUCGUGCCAUUCGUUUCAUUUUUGCCAAGUAUGAUGGUGUCAUCCCUAAGGCUGUUUUCUCUGGCAAAUUAGAAGCCGAGCUUGUCAAAGAUGUUAAUGGCCUUCUGAAGCAAUAUAUCGAAGCAUUGGAAGCUGUCAAACUUAGAGCCGGUCUUGGAGUUGCUAUGGCCAUCUCUGCCCGUGGCAAUCAAUAUCUUCAAGAAGCCAACAUGAACAAUGCUUUGUUUGAGAACUCUCGUGAAAAGUGUGACGCUGUUGUUGCAACCGCAGCCAAUUUGAUUUAUCUUUUAUCAGCUCUUUUGUCACCUUAUAUGCCUGGUGCUUCCGAAAGCAUGUGCCGUCAGUUGAAUGCUCCUCUUCGUAUGAUUCCUGACACCUUUGAAAUGGACAUUAAGGAAGGGCACACCCUAGGUGGUGCUGAAUAUUUAUUCACUAGAAUUGACGAGAAGAUGGAGGAAGUCUGGAAGGGAAAAUUUGGCACUUGUUCUAAGUAA